AUGAAGAUGCUAAAAAAGGGUGCUCGACUGAGAAAGAAGGAAGUCCCAUACGCUUCAGACGUGCCCAUUGUUGAAGCAACACCUGACUCCUCAGGGCUUCAAGUAGUACCGGGCCAAUUUACGCAGGGUCCUCAUGAGAUUCGAUCAAUGUCUCUUUCCUCACACGGCGAAACUGUAGUUGCCUCUCCGCACACCAGGCCCUAUGGGUUCAAGGAGCACGUUGAUUCAUACGAUGGACGCGAGACUGCUCCUCCAUUAACAGCGCUCCAGAAGGAGGACAGAAAAUGCGGAAUGAAUAAGCGGAGGUUUUUUAUCCUCAUCGCCUGUAUCAUUAUUGCGAUCAUCAGUCUUGCUUUGGGGCUUGGUCUAGGCUUGGGUUUGUCCAACGACUCAAAUAAUGACAAGGCUAACUCGUUCUGUCAAGACAACACCGAGUUGUGUGUUGGCGGUGCCAUUAGCCCUGCCUACGUUUCCAAAAAAGGUGCUUUCAACGGCAGUGGCAUCGCGCUUGCUGGUGAAUCAUGGAACAAGAAUCAGCGCAGAAUCUUCACAUUGUUUUUCCAACAUCACACAGGUGAAAUUAGGUACAUGCAAUUUGGUAAUGAUCAGCAGUGGAUCGGUGGCACCAAGAGUCAGAUUGCUGCCACAGAUGCAAAAGAUGCAUCGCCAAUAUCUGCUGUAUCUUAUUACAUCAACUCAACUGCAUACGUCCAUGUUUUCUACAUUGACCGCAACAACACGGUCAAACAAGCAACUCAUAACAACGACACCGACAUGUGGGAGAAGGGUGCAAUCAACGACCUCAACCUCAAGGCAUUCGAUUCCCCAUCCGUAGGCCUCCAAGCUUGCUGGGCAGGCGACUACUACGGUGACGACAAGUAUACCGGGCUCUCGACUCCCUCUGACCUCAACACCACCAAUACUACCAAACCAUCUGACAGCCCAAAGGGCAUGAACAUCUGGUUCGCAACCGACGUCAACACAUUCCAGCAAUACUCGUGGCGUGCCGGAUCCAACAACAACAAAUGGAAGAAAGAAGAGGCGUGGAAAAACCUCAACGGCCGCUCCGGCGUAGCCUGCUUCAGCUGGAAGCCAAACUCAACCGACACAUACGCCAUGAUGAACACGCCAUCCAACACGGUGCAAUUCUACUGGAAAGACACAAACCCCAAGCUGAACUCAACAAAAGACCACCCUAUAAACCAGUGGACAAAAGCCGCAUCCGCCGACAUCGCAAACGUCCAUCCCAUCACGUCCCUAGGCUACACAAAGUACUUCUACGCCCAGAUGCGCGACCGCACCAUCAAGGGGUUCAACAUCAACUAUGCUGCGGAAAACACAACCUUCAAUGAACACGACUCAUUCUUCGUUUCUGAUCCAGCGGGACCGGUAAAAGCCCUCGGCGGCACGCAUUUGACGGUUACAAAGUACACGCAGCAGCGUGACGGCAAGGAAUUCAACUAUUUGUACGUGUUUUGCCAGACCAAAGGCGAUGAUAUUAUGGCGUUUGUGAGGGAUGAGACGCAGGGACAGUGGUCGGCUGCGCCGUUGAAUAUCCUUAAUGACUGA